AUAUCUAUAUAAGCUGUAGGUGAGCGUGAUCACUGAGUGAUUCCCUCACGACUUCCUGUCGCUGUUCGUCUUAUUUGACAUGACACAACAAGCAGCACAAAGCAAUGUGGUGGAAGAAUUAAUGAAAUGCUUCAUGCUGUUGGAUGUGAAUAAUGAUGGUUUUGUUUCACGUGAAGAACUUGUUGAUUUCUGUCAGAAGCACCAGUUGAACCCAGCUGAUAUUGAUCAAUUUCUCCAGCGGUUUGAUGUAGAUGCUGACGGAAAGAUUUCCUUUGAAGAAUAUGCUCGAGGACUUGGACUGACCAUUCAAGAGGUACAGCAAGAGAAGAAGGAGGUCAACCUUCAAAAUUCCAGAGAGGCUAGCGGUGAAAAACUUCAAUUCGAAGACGUUGAAAUUCUCAGUACAUCAAUGACAUGGUCCAAGCAAGAAACUAUUAUUAACAAAUUCAAAGAAUUGGUGGGUGGCGGUGAUCCAAACGAAGAAGCGAUGAACAACGUUGUAGAACAACUACAACAGUUUUUGAAUGAGGAAUACGGACGAUUAUGGCAGUGUAUUAUGCUCACCGGCUCCUACUGGAUGAAAUUUAGCCACGAACCGUUCAUGUCGUUGCAAUUUCGAUACAGCGGAAAACUGGUGGUCUGCGUGUGGCGUACUAACCGCGCAUAGGUUUAUAAUCCAACAACGAGGUUCAGUGACUAGACUCCGACUAUCUCAUCUUUUUGUGAUUUAUUCAAAUGUCACUUAUUAGGCUGUCCUUUUUUUUAAUAAAUACAUAAACCAAAAGC